GGGGGUAGCGUUGGUCACAAGAUUUUCGCUCAAUUAGAGAGAUUUGUUAGUUCGAUAUUUCUCGAGCACUUGCUGCAUUUCUUCGCGGCCCCUGCUGCUGAUUGAAAAAGGGCGUCGUCUACUAGUUACUACUGCUCGUCUGAUCACUGUGUGUAGUGGUUUCGCUGGAGGAGGGGAGAGAGUGCGUGGACUGCUGUUUACGAUCUGUGCGUGCCACCAUGAACACGUCGGCGCUAAGCUGUGCAGACUGCAGCGCUCCAAAUCCCCAGUGGGCCUCAAUUAACAGGGGCGUCCUCAUAUGCAACGAGUGUUGCAGUGUACAUCGGAGCCUUGGUCGACAUGUCUCUCAGGUCCGGUCGAUUCGAGCGCCCAACUGGCCCCCAGUUCAGAAAGAGAUGUUAUUUACUCUCUAUAAUAAAGGGGCCAACUCUCUCUGGGAGCAUGCCCUCCACAACUCAUCGUCGAAAGUGAAACUCAAAAAGCCAAGCUACAGAGACAAACUGCAAACAACGAGACACGAUUUCAUCAUCGCCAAAUACAAGAACUUGCAGCUGCUCCCUCGCAUCUCUCAUAAGGACAACCCAAACGCUUACCAAGACCUCAGCAAGCAACUCCAUGCCAGUGUGAGGACCAACAACUUGGAGACGUGCCUCCGACUGCUGGCACUGGGUGGCAACCCAAACUUCUGCCAUCCGGAACGCGGCAACACUCCACUCCACGUGGCCUCACAGGCGGGUCAGGCCAUGCAGGUGGAGCUGCUCAUCAUCCACGGAGCCAACCCAUGCACAUUGGACGGUCUUGGCCACACCCCCGAGGAAUGUGCAAGGAUAGCGGGACACCACCAGUUGGCCGACAGACUGAUCGAGAUGCAGUACGAACUGGCAGACAAACUCUCCUUCUUCCUCUGUGGCCGCAAACCCAUGCACAGCAUGGGAGAGCAUUACCUCAUCCCUAAUGUGGCCGGCAGUGGGUUGAACGUGGGUCUGGGAGAGGCUAACACAAGGCUCCAGGAGUUGGAUAACGAGCAGUUUGAACAGUUGGCAUGUGACGUGUGUGACGAGGUGGACAGAAGAGAGACUGAUGCAAUCUGGUUAACCACAGAGCAGCUGCAGAGCUCUAUAGCCUUCCUCCCGGUCAACCCGACCCUCUCUCCGCUGAGGAACCAGGGGACGACAGAAACUGGCCACUCUGGACGCCCAGGCCUUUGCUCAGCUGGUGGUGGAUCUCUUAGUGGACACUAAGAGAAGACAGAACUUAAGUCUGGAGACUGGGGUUGCCACGGGAACUCUUGUCCCCUCGACCUCCGAGGACAAACCCCCGACCCCCGUCCCCUUCAUGACUCCGCCCACUGGGUCCGAGGAGGCGUACGACCCUCACGACUACGAUGAGGUGGCAAUGGAGGAGGCAGCUGCUCGCAGAGCCACCGGUGGUCAAGGCAACGGACUCCCUAGUGUUAGGGUGCCAGGUCCGAAACCAGGGGGCAGUAAUAACCAGUUGUACGACGAGAUAUCGAGGGAGGGUAAAGGACCUGGAGAAGAAGCUCCUGAAGGUGAUGAGAGAGAAGGAGAAACUGAGCAAGAGCAACACUUCACUGCAGAAGAGCGUAACAGAACUACAGAAACAGUUGAACAAGAUUAUUGACGAGAACGCCUCGCUGAGGAACAGCCUGGCCCAGUCGCCCCCGGCAACGUCAGUCUCCCCACCCGCCAUGGACCAGAUAGAGGAGGGAGGAAGGGAGGAGGGGGGAGAGGGGGAGGGAGUAAUUCCUCUCUAUGCACAGGUCGACAAGAGCAAGAAGACCAGUCGAACGUCAGGCACGCUGUCCUUUGUGCCUCCUUCUCCCUCCCCCACCCCUCCUCCGGGGUACCCCACUCCGCCCGAUCCCACUCCAAAUCUUCCGUCUCCAGCACCGAGGGUGUUGUGACCACACCCCCUAGCUCCACCUACCUUGACACACCCACCACCACAGCCCAGCAAGACACGCCCAUCAAUGACUCAGCAUUUGACGAGGAGGGAGGGAGGGUCACCAGUAAUCCUGCCAUGGAGAUUGUCCACCUCCAUAUAAAGAGCAUCACUCAGUGUAUUCAGGAUUUGUUGCAGGCAGCCCAGGCUCAUAGACAGACAAGUUUUGGGCCUUGCUCUGCAAAGAUCACGAAGGCAGUGGACACUAUGGCCAAGCUAUUCCCAGCUAGUCCAUCACCACAGGAGGUGAAGGUGUCACUGAGAGAGAUGGUGGGGGCCACUCAGAGACUGAGGUCAGAGUGCACACUGGUCAGCCACUCUGACAUUGCUCUCAGGACCAGACAGAUCAUCAACUCUGCCUAUGACGUCGCCAAGGCUGCGCGACAUCUUGUCCUCUGCUGUGAACAAGACCACCAUCAGUAGCUGUAAUAGGUUCUGUGUCAUAAUGUUUUCACAUUGGUGAUUUGAAAUUAGGGCGGAGCAAUGACCCAGCCAGCUUAUUUUCCAGCGCCAUAUUAUACU